CUGCGCAGAGAGUGAGACACAGAGACAGAGACGCCCUGUGGACACAGAGGACAGUGGAGCUGCAGCUGAACACCAUCCUGGAUAAGUUCAAAGAGAAAAACAAACUCGGUGCCUCGAGGAGAAAAGGGACAAGUCGUGAAGUUGUUUCCAUCAUUGUGAACUUCCAGUGUGGUGCUGGUGAUCCAUCGCGAUGAGGCCUGGUCAGCUGACCCUCUCUGCAGCCGCCACCGUCACUCUCCUCUUCCUUCUGUCAGCGCUAUCCUCCAGCUCGGGCUGUAACAAAGCCCUGUGUGCCAGCGACGUCAGCAAGUGCCUGAUACAGGAGCUGUGCCAGUGUCGUCCAACUGACGGGAACUGUUCCUGUUGUAAAGAGUGCAUGCUGUGUCUGGGUAACCUGUGGGAGGAGUGCUGCGACUGCGUGGGGAUGUGUAACCCCAAGAACUACAGCGACUCCCCAGCCACGUCCAAGAGCACAGUGGAGGAGCUGCACCGUCCCAUCCCGUCGCUGUUCCGCGCACUCACAGAAGGUGACGCUCCCAUCAACAUGAUGGUGGUGUCCUUCCCCGUCGCCGAGGAGCUCUCGCAUCACGAGAACCUGGUGUCCUUCCUGGAGUCUCUGGACAACCAGCCCCAGAACGUGUCCGUGCCGGGCAACAGCAUUCACACCAGCUACGACGCUCAAGAAAACAUGUGCACGGUGGUCUACUUUGACGACUGCGUGUCCAUCCGUCAGUGUAAACUUUACUGUGAGUCAAUGGGGGGAUCCAAAUACCGCUGGUUCCACAAUGCCUGCUGUCAGUGCAUCGGCCCUGAGUGCGUGGACUACGGCAGCAAGGCUGUGAAGUGUAUGAACUGUCUCUUCUGAAGUGUGGACACAUGUUGGAACCAAAUGUCUGGGCUGUACCAAAGGACUGAGCGCAGAGGAAAUUACUAUGUGCUAGCAUUCCUCGCUUGUCUUGUAAAAUAUCCCUCCACCCGACUCCCUCUACUCCUGCAAAGUGUUUUUUAUUCUGCUGUUAUAUUUCACUGUAUAUUUUUGUGUUUUUUUGUUUUUGUUUUUUUACUAGAGUUGUAUAUGAAUAAUGUAUUUUUACAUUCACGUUCUUCCAAAUCCAAAUCUCAUGCCAAAUAAAGAAAAGUUUGGUGUUGUGGA